AAGUGAUGUGUCCUCUUAUCAGUCAAGAUGCAAUUAGAAGACAGAUACCAGACCAGUGAUUUUAAGGAAACAUUUAAUAUAGACUUGUUUUCUAGUAAAGAAUAAUUAGUAAGAGGGGCUCAACAAGGACUCUAGGUUAUAGAGAAGUUACACAGAAAUAACAACUGGGGCGCCUGUGUGGCUCAGUGGGUUAAGCCUCUGCCUUUGGCUCAGGUCAUGAUCUCAGGGUCCUGUGAUCGAGCCCUGCAUCGGGCUCUCUGCUCGGUGGGGAGCCUGCUUGCCCCUCUCUCUGCCUACUUCUCUGCCUACUUGUGAUAUCUCUCUCUCUGUCAAAUAAAUAGAUAAAAUCUUAAAAAAAGAAAAAAAAAGAAAUAGUAACUACAAAAUGCAGCUACUACCUCUGGGCUGAAGAAGAGUUAGCAAGGAAGUACCUUAGAAGCUUGAAGAAGUGCUCGCUUCCCCAACCACGAGGUAGAGAUUCAGGCCUGUGAAGAGAUGGUGUAGUUCCUGCCACAGGAACAUGCAGCCCACUGAUGAGAUAACAGAUAAAUUGCUGGAGGGUGUGGGUUGAUGUCGACUGCCAGUGGGAGCCUCAUUUUGUCAUUUUGACAUCUCCCCAUCACGUUUGGAGCAAAUUCUUUACUUUUGGGUAUACAGAUAUUCCCUGUUUAUCUUGUAUUUUAAUUAUCCUAGAAUCAGUCAUUUCUCCACAGGAGCCUGGUUCCUCUUAGUGGAGAGUGGUGUUGAAAAACCAAGAUCUGAUUACAAGGUGUGUUUGUUGCUACUUUUGGGUCACUGCUUUAGUGCCUCUAGGCAGAGUUAGGAAAUCUAUAUAUAUUUCUAAGAGUGAGAAACUGCUCCCAUUACACAAUAUAUUUAUACAUUUGUUUACAGACAAGAAAAUACAGGAAGUAGCUUUAUAACUGAUAAACCAUACCAAUGUGUAAAGCAAGCCUAUUGGAGUUCAAUAUUUGUUUGAAGUUUCAUUUUUUUGUUGUUGGUGAGGUACAAUUUAUCAAUAAUGAAGUACACAACUCAUAGGUGUAUAAUUCAAUGAAUCUUAACAAUGCAUCGUAACUGUAGCCACCUUGUAAUCAAGAUUUAGUCGAUUUUCAUCACCCAAGAAUAUUUCCUCAUGUUCCUGUCUAGGAUUUUCAUUACAGUGUUGCAUAGAAAUGAUAAAAUUAAACAUCAUCCUGGCUUUGCUCCUGGGAUAAACCGCACUUUGUCAUGAUGAAUUGUCUCUUGUAUUUUUCUGAAUUUCAUUUGCUGAUAUCUUUUCAAAGAUUUUGAAGUCUAUAUUCAUGAGUGUUCAUGAGUCUAGUUUUGUUUUUUUUUUUUGAAGAUUUUAUUUAUAUAUUUGUCAAGGAGAAAGAGAGGAAGAGCACAAGAGAGCAUAAGUGGGGGAGCUGCAGAUAGAGGGAGAAGCAGGCUCUCCGCUGAGCAGGGAGCCCAAUGCAGGAUUCUACCCUAGGACUCUGGGAUCAUGACCUGAUCCAAAGGCAGAGGCUUAACCGACUGAGCCACCCAGUUUCUCCCAGGUUCCCUCUCUCACACCGGGUGGCAAUAGUUUUGGGUGUUCUGAACAUCAUUUUUGUGUGUCUCCUGCUUGUCCAAUGGAUUCACUGCCGGGGUUCCAGUCGUGCCAGUUGUGCCAACUGUUGCAGUUGUCCAGACCUCUUUAUGAAGAAUGGUAACUACUGUUAUUACUUCUCACUGGAGAAAAAAGACUGGAACGCUAGCCUGGAAUUCUGCCUGGAUAAAGAUUCACAUCUCCUUGAGUUCACAGACAGAUGGGAAAUGAGCCUGCUUCUACGGUUCCUCAAAAAUGAUUUUUAUUGGAUUGGUCUGAGGAACAAAUCUGGCUGGAGGUGGGAAGAUGGGUCACCCCUAAAAAUCUCAAGCAUUGUUUCAAACAGCUUGAUCCAGAAGUGUGGAGCCAUCAACCAACACCAUCUCCAAGCUGCUAGCUGUGAAGCUCUUUUACCGUGGAUCUGUAAGAAGAGCCUGCUUCUACGGUUCCUCAAAAAUGAUUUUUAUUGGAUUGGUCUGAGGAACAAAUCUGGCUGGAGGUGGGAAGAUGGGUCACCCCUAAAAAUCUCAAGCAUUGUUUCAAACAGCUUGAUCCAGAAGUGUGGAGCCAUCAACCAACACCAUCUCCAAGCUGCUAGCUGUGAAGCUCUUUUACCGUGGAUCUGUAAGAAGUGGCAUUUUUGGCCAGCUCAGCCAGAGAACCAGAAAAUGAGCCACCUCCAUCCUCAUGAACCCCCUUGCUGACUUCUCCGACCACACUGGGGAAGAAAUUAUAAGAGCCAGUGGAAUGUUGGAGGCCAUUGUUAAGAGGACAUGACUGUGGGUUGACCCAUGGGCUUGACCUUGGCACUGGGAGGCUCCUUACCCAUUCUUGCCUUGGAACAUAUUCAGCUUGUCUUUCC